AUGCAGAUAAAAACAUUUCUGUUCAAAGAAAAGCGACAUUUCAUUCUAUUCUUGAGCGAAGCAACGUGUUUCUUUCUCUCAAAUGUAUGUAUCUCUCUCUCUCUCUCUCUCUCUCUCUCUCUCUCUCUCUCUCUCUCUCUCUCUCUAUCUCUCUACGUCUGCUCAUAUUCGUUUCUCUCUAUCUCUCUCUACGUCUUCUCAGAUCCAGCUCUCUUUCUCUUUCUUUUUCUCUCUCUAUGUCUUUUCAUAUCUUGCUCUCUCUCUCUCUCUCUCUCUCUCUUUCUCUCACUACGUCUUCUCAUAUCCGGUUCUCUCUGUCUCUCUCUCCGUCUCUACGUUUUCUCAUAUUCGUCUCUCUCUCUGUACGUCUAUUCAUAUCCAGCUCUCUCUAUGUCUUUUCAUAUCUUGCUCUCUCUCUCUCUCUCUCUCACACACACACUACGUCUUAUCAUAUCCGGCUCUCUGUAUAUGUCUUCUCAUAUCUUGCUCUGUCUCUCCCACUCUCUCUACACACUCUCUCCCUCAACGUUCUCAUAUCCGGCUCACUCUCUCUCUCUCUACGUAUUCUCAUAUUCGGCUAACUCUCUCUCUCUCUACGUAUUCUCAUAUCCAACUCAUUCUCGCUCUUCUCUGUCUUUUUACGUUUUCUCAUAUCCGUUUCUCUCUCUCUCUCUACGUUUUCUGAUAUCCGGUUCUCACUCUCUCUACGUCUUCUCAUAUCCGACUCUCCCUCUCUCUCUCUACAUCAUCUCAUAUCUGUCUGUCUCUCUACGUCGUCUCAUAUUGGUUCUCUCUCACUCUCUUUCUACGUAUUCUUAUAUCCGACACACUCUCUCUCCGUCUUCUCAUAUCCGUCUCUCUCUUUCUCUCUCUCUACGUCUCAUAUCCGACUCUCUCUUUCUCUACGUUUUCUUAUAUCCGGCUCACUUUCUAUCUACGUCUUCUGAUAUCCGGUUCUAUAUCUUUUUCUCUCUCUACGCCUUCUUAUAUCCGACUCUCUCUUUUUUCCACGUCUUCUCAUAUCCGGCUCACACACACUCUCUCUCUCUCUCUAUCUCUCUCUCUCUCUUUCUCUCUCGCUCUAUCUAUCUCUCACUCUCUAUCUCUACGUAUUCUUAUAACCGGCUAACUCUCUCUCUACCUCUCUCUACGUCUUCUCAUAUCCGUCUCUCUUUCUCUCUACAUCUUCUCAUAUCUGUCUCUCUCUCUCUUUCAUUCUCUCUACGUCUUCUCAUAUCCGGCUCUAUCUCUCAUUCUUUCUUUCUCUCUCUCUCUCUCUCUCUACGUCUUCUCAUAUCCGACUCUCUCUUUCUCUACGUUUUCUCAUAUCCGGCUAACUUUCCCUCUCUACGUCUUCUGAUAUCCGGCUCACUCUGUCUCUCUCUCUCUCUCUCUACGUCUUCUCAUAUCCGGCUAACUAUCUCUCUCUCUCUCUCUCUCUCUCUCUCUCUACGUCUUCUCAUAUGCAACUACAUUCUCGCCCUCAUAUCCUUCUCAUAUCCGACUCUCUGUCAUCUCACCCUGCUCUCUCUCUCUCUCUCUACCUCAUCUUAUAUCCUGGUCUCUCUCUCUCUCUUUCUCUCCCCCCUCUCUCUCUACAUCAUCUGGUAUAUACCUAUCUGUCUUUGA